UUCUUUCCGCAUUCGUCACUUCCGGAGAGAGCGCUGGACUGAGAGAAUCGCGUACCAUAUUUAUCGUUUAUCUCUCGCUUUUCCGAGUAGCGUGCAAUAAUAACGCGGGGCGUGAGAGCGAAGGGUAUCGGGGUGUGCUGCGCGUCCUCCUGAUUCAUUAAUUUGUCAAAACAAUUAGGUGGGACCCAGGGGGAGGAAAGUCGACAUAAUGCAAGGUGUCAGCAUGGCCGAGCGACUCGGCCUGGGCCCGGAGGUCCGCGAACUCAAGCUGGGGUCCAGCUUCACGAGCAACAGCACCAAGUUUCACACCUUGAAAUAUGACUUCAAGCCCGCGAGCGUCGACGACUCCAAGGUGGCCAGAGUCGACGUGGGCUCGGACAACACGAUAACGGUCACCGUGCCACAUCUGGAUGGCGCUGGCACUCCUCACACCGUGUUCAAGGGCUCGCAAAGGCCCUACAACAAGGAGUACGUCCUGAUCUUCGACAAGGUCACCAGGGAGAUCACGCUGGAGAAACUGACUGGGAAUAUUCAAGUUAAGAAGACACGAGCGGAACCCAAGCGUAAUAGCAAUAACAAUUCAAUGCCAGUUGAAGUUAAGAGGAGUCCCACGUAUGGCAGGGCGAAUGGCAGGACCAAAGUUAUUAGUGGAAAGAAGAGGGAACCUUCGCUGCAGCUGCAUCCCAAACAGAGCCCGCAGCAGACGUCGCCGUACGACAAGAGAAGUCCACAGACUAUUUCUAUUAAUAGCUCAUCGCCUGUGCAAUUGUCGAGUGGACAAUCAACCUUGGCCAGUUUGCCGAUGAUCGGCUCCGACAACGAUGACUUUGCGCCCUCAACGUCAAUGAUGGCCGGGUCUUCCUCUAUGCAAUCUGUAGCUUCUCAAUCAAUUUCAAUGCCAAAUACAAAAUCAAGUACCUUAGAGAGCGAUUCCAGCUCGAGCAGCUCAAGUUCCGACAGUUCAAGCAGCGAUUAUGAGACUGAAACAGUGCCAACAACAGCAGUUAACGGAAAUUCAAAUGGUACAACUUUCUCACCCACGUUGUUUGCCAUUCCAUGUCCACGUCCACAUUCCAUGCCGGACUACCUCUUAAACGAUGAUCUGCAAUUAUCUGAAUCAGAAUCAGAUAGUGAUUAACGAUGAUACGCUAGUAGAAUUAAGAUGAAAUAUUCCAAGAAAGCCGACUAUACAAUUUUCGUUCUGCGGUAUCUCUCUGUCAAUACAUCGAGGAUUUCACGCCAAUUCAUCGAAUUCCUUAAAAUUUUUAUACCAUCGUGUCGCAAUUGUAAUGGGUGCAAUUAUUUUUUUACGACUCUAAAGAAGCAAAUCCUAGUAAUUCUAAUAUUUCGGGACUAAACUAACACUGUACCAAUUACGAGUAUUUAUUGCGAGAAUAAAAUGUACAAAUAAAUAAAAUGCUCAUAUAUA